AUGUCGGACGACGAAGCACGGCGCGAGGAAGCUUCUGCCGAGCUUCGUCUACGGGAAAAGUAUUUCGUGCUGACGGGCAUCAUUCGGCGUUCCGUGGUUUGCUGGAGGAAUGACGUCACACAAGUUGAUGCGCUGAACCCCGACUGCUGUGAAGGCCACUCCCAGCCGGACAGCUUUCUGAACACGUGCGUGACUAUCGUGGCCGUCCUGAUUGUCAUCACGCUCAUCGUCAUGGUCAUCAUUCUACUCAAGUGCUUCUCCGGCCGAGAGGACUGUCCACGCACAGAAGGCCCCUACAACCCGUACAGCAACGUGUCCCUGAGCUGCGAGUCCGAGGACUGCCGAGAUUACGGUGAGAUGGAGGAACUUCCUGUGCUGUACGCCUCGUUCCGGCGGCAAGGUUCAAUGAUGCGCGCGAGCCUGAUCUCGUUCAUGGAGCCGUGCGAGGACUUCUACGAGUUCAUCUGCGGAGGCUGGAUGAAGGCGGCUCGCAUACCGCACGAGGAAGUGGUCUACAGCACCAUGUCGGACGUGCACCGGCGCGUAGAGAACGACAUCAGUGUCUGUACGGCAAAGGUAGAUCUCAUCACUACAAAGGAUCGGUCUGGUGACGAGGACCAGCUACCAGUCGAGACCAACUGGAUCCAGUCCCAACAAACUGGAGGCAGCGGUGGGAUCCUCCUAACCCUCAAACCCCAAAACCGCGAAUUGAAGAGACACCAUUUGAUUCCAGAAGCUAAUUUACCUGCGCAACAGCAAGGGGGUCAAGCCUUGGAAGACCUGCUCCGCUAUUUCGAUCUUGGCCACUGGCCGACCCUUAACCGGACGGCGGUGUUCCGAACCUUCUUCAUACUGGGAAACGUGAUCCGAGAGCUUGGUCUGGACGCCAUCAUGACAGUUCGCGUCGGGAUCGACUACCACAACAGCGACAGAUACCUGGUCUACAUCGGGCAGCCGUCUUUCGGCGUAGAGCCAAUGGUGUUGCGGGGCCGUUUCCGGUCGCCCUUCUUCCGCAUCUUGCACCGGUACAAGAUCUACAUCUACCGCUGUGCACUACUCAUGGGCGCCACCGUCGCGGCAGCCGACGUCGUCAACGAGAUCGUCGCCUUUGAGGCAAAGCUGGCAGCCAUUAUGGAGCCGCCGGAGACUAUCCACAACCCGAAGCGAGUCUACAACCUCAUGAGCCUGCGCACGCUCGAAGGAGCCAUACCAGAGAUCCAGUGGACGUUCCUGCUCAACACCAUUCUUCGAGACGUGGGCGUAUCGAUGGAUCUGAGCGACCACGUCGUGGUGCUCCACCCGCUAUACCUCAAGAGGCUCUCGCGACUGCUCAAAGAGGUCCCCAGCUCGGCGGUGGCCAACUACCUGAGCUGGCGCAUCGUGCAAGUGAUGGGCCAGUACGCGACCGAGCGGUUCCGGCGGGCAAGGUUCCGCUUCGACCGGUACAGGUAUCUGCUCCAGGACGUGGGCGAGAUUCCACGAGCAUGCGUGCGCCUCACGUCACGACUGCUGCACUUCGCCGUGGGCCGGCUCUACUUCGACCGGCACAUCUCGCGGCCGGCUGAGCGGUACAGGAAACUGUACGACAUGGCCGAAGAGCUGCGGGACGCCUUUGCUGUCCUCAUUGACCUCAACACCUGGAUGGACUCGGACACCAAGGAGAGGGCGAGGCAGAAGCUGCAUCACCUGCAGAUGAACAUCGGCUUCCCGCCCUGGAUCAAGAGCGACCGGGACCUGGAUGAAGUAUUACAAGGACGUAAGUGCAUGAUUCUGUGCUCAGAAUAUGAGAGUGUUAACAUGUUGAGAUUAACGAGACUCGUGUUUCUGACCAGCUGCACUAAUAAUAACAUUCUCUAG